GCGCGGUUCUCCGCAUUUAUCUACAUACAUCAAUUCACUGCGCGUGUAGAACGCAAUAAACAUGGUGCUCGGUAUCGAUGAGGAGAGGGAAGACGUGCCACGACGUACCGAAAAUAAAUGCAAGAUUCUGCGGACACGAAUUUUCAGUCGAUAACUGCUCUGACGUGGAAAGAACGCGCGACGAUCAGCGACAGGAUCGUAAAUAAGCUACGUGUCAUUCGAGCUUAAUUAUCUUGCUGCUUGAAAUAGCUAAGCUAUCUCCCAUCUCGAAGAAAUAGACUUCGGUAAACGAUAAUCUCGCGUAUCAUCGAAGACACAUUCUUUUCUGAGAAAACCAGCGGUGAUCUCGGGUGCAGUCAACGUAAUGGUAUCGCUCGGAGAAGCGCGACGUGAGACAGGAUCAAUGUUUGAGAUCGUACCUGCAAAAUGGUUGUGUACAGCAAGCUUGAUCAGUAAUGCAGGCCGCAGUCCUGCAUUAAAGUCAGAGUGAUCGGCGAUGUGUGCCACGGGGACAAAUCACUGAGACAUGCUGAGACUUGUCUGCCGUUUGUGUCAUUUUUGUUAAGUGACGAGUCAUGCCCGGCGAACCACCAGCCACAGCUGGAAGUAAAUCCAGCAGCAAGGCAAAGAGGAUCUCCAUACCUCGUGUACAAAGUAGCACUGACACAGAAUUACAGUCGCAACAGAGCCAGAGCGGCUCGACCCCGCUGCAACCGACUGCGUUGCACUAUGUCACCUUCCGUUCCGAGUUAGAGGACAAUAAUCCUAUCCCACCGGCCCUGCGAUGCCGUUUGUAUGAUCUCUUUCAACAAAUUGAAAAAGAAUUUGAAAUGUUAUACACAGAAAAUCUUGGGCUGCAAGAGAAAAUUGACAUCUUAAAUGACAGACUUGAGAGAGAGUGUUAUGGGUCGGGUGAGCGCAGCUUGCCUCCUGGAGACCUCACAGAUUAUCCGGAAACAAAAAAUCUGUCUAAGCAGAAAUCAAUGGGUGCGAACUCGGCGCAAAAGAUUAAAACUUCUCACAAGUUAAAAGCACAGACUAGUAAGAUAGUAUCGAGCUUUAAAACCCCGUCUAUGACUUGCACCAUGCAAAGAGAGUACGUAGGUCAUCGAGAUGGUGUGUGGGAGGUGUCUGUGGGCAGAUCGGGUCAACCCAUCGUAGCAACUGCCUCUGCCGAUCACACAGCGCGUAUAUGGGCAAUAGAUAACAGUCGGUGUCUGUUACAAUACAUCGGUCACAGUGGAUCCGUCAACUCUGUUCGAUUUCAUCCAAAUAGAGAACUGGCUCUAUCGGCGAGUGGCGAUUGCUCCGCUCACGUAUGGCAGGCAGCCGUUGAUUGGGACAUGCCGAAAAGAGUACCGUCGUUGGAAGAAAUGUCGGUAGUCAGUUUGGAACGAUCCGCCGUUAAUAAUAUCAGUAAUAACGACGAGCAAGACGAUCCUCCAACUCUAAGGACGCCGAUACGCGAGCUUCUAGGUCAUACAAACGUUGUAAUGGCUGCGGAUUGGCUCUCUGGUGCUGAACAGUUGGUCACAGCUUCUUGGGACAGAACGGCGAACUUGUACGACACAGAAACCGGCGAGAUUAUACACACGCUAUGCGGACACGAUCAAGAAUUGACCCACGUGUCGACGCAUCAUACGCAGAAGUUGUGCGUUACGUCCAGCAGAGACAAUACAUUCCGAUUGUGGGACUUUCGAGAACCGAUACACUCGGUGUCGGUGUUUCAAGGUCAUACAGAAACUGUGACGUCCGCAGUCUUUACGAGAGAAGACAAAAUUGUAUCCGGCUCGGAUGACAGAAGCGUAAAAGUAUGGGAAUUGCGUAACAUACGUAGUCCAUUAGCGACAAUACGUGGGGAUAGUGCUGCUAAUAGACUAUCAGUUUCUAGUACCGGGACAGUGGCAAUACCACAUGACAAUAGACAAAUACGUUUAUUUGAUCUGAGUGGUCAACGUUUGGCAAGGUUACCUAGAACCAGUAGACAAGGUCAUCGUAGAAUGGUGUGCUCUGUCGCUUGGUUAGAAGAUAACAGUGUAUGUAAUUUAUUUUCUUGUGGUUUCGAUAGACUAGUAUUAGGUUGGAGUGUUCUUCCCGUUAAAGAUGCUUAAAUAUCAAAAACUGUGUGGUUUUAUCAGGUAUUUUGUGUCAUGUUAGUGUGAUAUUGGGAAUAUUUAGGUGCAAUGUAGAAAUGGAAGUACAUAUGUAACCAUACAGUAAAAAUCCAGCAAUUAAUCCAAUCAAAGAUCCUCCCCUUCCGCUCUUGCAGACAACUGCGAUAGAAAAAAAAAUACCAAGAUAUAUGUACUAUUAAACAUUGAUCAAAGAUAAAUUAUAAAUAGAUAUAUGUACUAUUAAAUAAUUGAUCAAAGAUAAAUUAUAAAUAGAAUGUGAAUUUUGAAGUUGCAAUAAAACUAUGAAUGUCUUAUGUAA